AUGUCUCAAAGGCAGCUGACGUUUCGUCUGGCUGCUGCGCGCUACGGCUUGGCCGCUUUCGGUCCCGCGCUCACCAACAAAGAACAAAGAAAAGCGUGCAGUAUCGACUCCGCAACAAUCGCAGCAGUGCGCGAUGUAGACGAUGACCGUGCUCGUCAUUGGACAAAGAGCCGCAUGCCACACUCAGGAUACACGAGGCAGCCAUCAUAUUACCGCCAGUUCCAGCAGGCGUACAUCGUCUUCCGUCUCGUCUCGCUCCCAGAGGCAAUCUCCAAGUCCUUCUCGGAGUCAGGAAAGCGCACCGCCGGCAUUGUGCAGUCGGAGGACAAAGACCUCGACCACGCUGAAGCCUUUUCGCCAGCACACAUCAGAUCCGGAAGUGGUGACAUACACGUCUGUAUCUGCCAGCCCGAGCCCAAAAUACCACGUCCUCGCAACGCGUUCAUUCUAUACCGACAAAAUCACCAAGCGCAAGUUGUUGCUCAAAACCCAGGUCUAGCAAAUCCAGAAAUAUCGAAGAUUAUAGGCGAGCAGUGGCAGAACCAGCCUCCAGAAGUGAAGAGUAGGUGGAAAGCGCUUGCCGAGGAAGAGAAGCUCCGCCACCAGCAGCAAUACCCACUUUAUCGCUAUCAACCAAAGCGCAGCGGCCGACGAAAUAGUCUGUCAUCGGAAGCAGGCGGCUCUGCAGUCGAAAAGCCGCGUUGUCAGAAGUGCGGCGGCCGCAGCAUCUUAGCACCUUCUACGCCUUACUCCAGCAUUAACUCGACAGGCAACAGCCCAGCUUCAGCACACACUCCAGCGUCGAUUAACACACCGGUGUCACGUACGUUACCCGUGUUGAGAGACCUCAACCUGCAGUCUCCAGCAGCACGGCGCAUGGGUAGGCAAUUUCCGAACAAUACCAUGUCUCCCGGCCCUCAUGGACACCAAGAUGAGCGUGAUGAUCUCGGACCACUCAGCCCAGAUCUCAAGCGCCGGCGCUACAAUGGCGAGCAUCCCACAACAAUGAGCAGGUCCCUCCCUCCUCGGUAUGCAGUAGCACCACCACUUGGACAGCCUGGACCUCCAGUGGGCCCAGGAACACCAUUUCCAUUUGCACAAGGUCCGCCACAUCCAUACCCACCUGGCGCAACUGCAGCUCAUGUACGACGCGAAAGCCUGCCGGGUCUCCGCGGUGUCGUGAGCCCUCCUGGUCCGAUGGCGCCGCCACCACGUCCAGGACCCGGCUAUCAGCAACACCGCCUCUCGCAAGGUCACAUUCCCCAUGACCGUUCUCUUACUCUGCCUCCACUGCAGACUGGUAGCAGCGGUGGCAUAGCUGGAACUGUGGCCACUGCAGGAACGGGCAAGACUGCCAAGGAGCAAAUCAUGAGCCUGGAUUUUUGGUACAAGGUCAAGGUGCUCAGCCAGGUCGCACCUCCGAGACCAGUGAGAAAGUCGGCACCGCGCGGCCCGUUCGUUGCUAUAGAGGGCGACAAUCCUGACGCGGUGAAGGCACUAGGAUCGUGGCUGACCGAGACGCUGAGCAAGGGCGAUGAUCUGAAAGUCAGACAGUUAGAUGGUCCAUCUGUGUCCUCUCAAGGAAACAAAGAGCACAUCAUGGCGCAAUAUCACCGUCUAGCUGCCGAUUGGCUUUUGAAAACUGCUGAUAUUGUUGAAUCGCUGAGCGUCAGGAACUCAUCGCCAACAGAUUCGGUCAUGGUCGAUGUGCUUACGAAAGCCAAGCAUCGCGAAGUGGACGAGGAUUACGAGGACCCAGACGACAGUCCCAAGCAGAACAGGACCGCGACUACUGGUUCGGAUGACGACAGUUCUGGAAACACCGGGCGCUUCAAUUCAGAUAGCGACGAAAAGAUGGAUGUCGACGCUCGCAAGUCGUCAGUCUCCAGCACUGGAAAGGAACUGACCGAUUCAGGUUCGGCAAAGCCUGUCAGCAUUGUUGUCAACUAUUCGCUCUAUGCAAGCAAUUUCUUCGCAUGCCACAUUCCGAUCGAAGCCCAUGCUCGCUAUUCUCCCAAGGAUCAUUGGGAGUGGACUGCAACACACUGGCGUGGUAUUAUCAGUCCAGACCUCACGAUCUAUGUGCGCGAUGGUGUUGCAGCAGACACUGGCAAGCAGAGCGUCGAAAUUAUGGAUGAUGGCAAUCUGUUUGUGGUGAAGAGGACCAAGGCUGAUAGUAGGGAUAGUUUGGAGGUUGAGCCGUCUACAUUGCGUCGCUUGGGAUUUGAGGUGAGCGAGUGGGUUCGAGCCUUUGGGCAGAGCGGCAAGAUGGAAGAUUGA